GUCCAUGGGAUCGCGAUGGGUCGGACACGACUUUGCAAUUAACAACAACAACAACAACAACCAGAAGGCAGGACAAGAAACAAUGGAUGGAAACUAAUCAAGGAGAGAAGCAAUCUGGAGAUGAGAGAUUUCCUAACAGCCAGGACAAUUAACCAGAGGAAUAGCUUGCCACUAGAAAUCACGGCUGCUCCAUCACUAGAGGUUUUUAAGCAGAGACUGGACAGUCAUUUGUCUGAGAUGGUAGGUAGAGGGUCUCCUGCUUGAGCAGGGGGUCAGACUAGAAGACCUCCAAGGUCCCUUCCAGCUCUGUUCUGAUUUAACCGAAAUUGAAACUCGUCUCUGGCGGGUGACCCCCCCCCGUCCUAUCCUGCACCCCCGGUCUUCUCCCAGCACCUUUCGUAUGAUCGAGACCACCGGAGCACCCCGGGCCAGGGGGGCGGCAGCCGGAGGCUCCGAGGCCCGCCGGAAAGCCAGCCGGAGCUCUGCGGGCUGCAGGAGGCGCGUCCCGGCAGGCGGCGAUCCGCGUGCGGCUGGUCCCGCGGCGCCAACGGAGCGGCCGUUACCGGGGCGACCGCUGGACGCCCGGCCAGGAGCAUGGCGGCGGCGGCGCGCAGGGUGCCGCUGGGCAGGGAGGCGCACGGCGUCUACAGCCUCUGCUUCGGCGCGAGCGGCGCGCAGCUGGCCGCGGGCUUCGGCGACGGCGCCGUGCAGCUGGUGGACGCUGGGACGGGCGCGCCGGGACCCUGCCUGCGGCCGGGCCGGCGUCCGCGGCAUGCCGUCACCGCACUCGGUUUUCAUCGCGCUAAGCCCGGGCUGCUGCUGGCCGCCGGAGCCGAUGGGGUCGUCGUCCUCUACGACCUGAGCGCGGGGGGCGCCGCGGCAUCUCUGAGCGAGGAGGAGAACGAGAUCCACGCGCUGGACUUCUGCCGCGACGGCAGCGCCUUUGCCACGGCCGGCAAAGACCGGCACAUCCGCCUCUACGACAGCCAAACCCACCAGCUCGUCCACGUGGUGCGCGCGCCGGAUUUCAUGGCCGGGGACGAGUUCACGCCCUUCAGCGGCCACUCCCGGCGGAUCUUCGCGCUGCGCUUCCACCCCACCGAGUUGCACCUCUUCCUGACCGGCGGCUGGGACAACUCCGUCAAGGUUUGGGACAAGCGCGUGCCCAAAGGGGCGCAGAGCGUGAUCAACGGGCCCCACAUCUGCGGUCCUGGGAUCGACAUCAAGCCCAGAAGAGACGAGCUGUCCUGGCAUCGGCAUGUGCCUGGCAAAGACGCUUUGUUUUGCCUGGCCGGAGGCAGAGAAGCCAAGUCAUCCAGGGCCAUUGGCCCGGUUCCCAGACGGCUCUCUGUGGCUUCUGGAGAGCAAGGGGGCAAAGGGUUUGUCCUCCUCUUAGCCUUCGAGAGGGGACAAACUAGCAGAGGAUUCUCCCGGCACCACUCAGCGGAGAGGAGGGGAGUCUGGAAAGCUGACCAGGCCCUUGGGAGUCAUUCUGGCAAAACAACGAGGACAGAAACUGACAAAUCACAUCAAUUUGGCCAUCUCAGCGAGUUCCAUCAUCUUCACCUAAUUGUAGGAUUUCUGCCACCUACCAAAAGCAGUUUCUCCCAGGAAGCUCAUCUGGCUGGAGCAGGCUGUCCUGAAGCAUUAAAAAGGAGCUAAGGAAGAGAGGGCAAUGAACCCCUGGCUGCACCCGCCAUCCUCGUGCAAGUCGUAGCGCUGCCUAAGGAUUGCCAGCUGAGAGCCACGACCUGGAGAGCAGGUAAGGCUGUUGUCCCUGGGGACAAGUGUGAGUGAUCAUUGUUGUCACCAGGACUUUGUGUAGCAAAAGCAACACGUCCAUCUGCAUCUUCUCUGAGAGCUGCUGAAGAUUGGCUGAGUUCCUAGCGAGGGAGACUGCUGGGCCCCAGAGAAGCUUUGAUAGAGGCAAAAGGCAGGCAGGCAGGCAGGCUGCAGAUCGGCGCAAGGACAUCCAACUUUAUGCUGACUCUGGGUAAGGGGAGCCCUUUAAUGGAGCUUGGA